GAAAGAGAUGAGGUUAACCAUACAAUCUACAACACAAAAAUUAUUGGUGCUCACAGAUUCAUAAGUAAAUUCACGACAUAAAAAAAUAAGCCUAUAAACAGAACCAAUACAGGGGAAUAUUUAUCCCCAAGAGAUUAAAAUGGCCAUGGCACUCACAUGACUUCAACAAUAGUUGGGUAUUUUUAGUUAAUAAAAUAUAAAAUAUUAAAUAGAUCUUAAUAAAUACCUAAACUAUAGCCACUAUAAAAAAAAAAUAAACUUCAUUCACACAAACCAAAAGAAACACAACUAAUUGGGCUUCACUCAAAGACACAUAGAUAUUGAAUAAAACAUUUCACAAAUCCAAAUUUUUAGACAAUCAACCCGAGCUCUGAUUUAAUUUUUUUAAUAAUUGUCUACUCAAACUACUAUUCACUAAUCUCAUAAAACUGUAUUGCAUUAUUAUUAUUAUUUGAAAAACAGAGAAGAAGAUAAGACAAUGUUAGCAGCAUAUACAUAUGUAUGUAUACGGUUUAGUAUUGUUAUUAUUAUUUGAAACUCUUGUUUUAGUGUGUACAAAAUAUAUUUAAAAAGAAAGUCACUGCCCCUAUAUAUGUGCACAGCAAGCAGGAAAAUCAGAAAAUAAAAAAAACAUAAAUAUAUAUUAUUACAUAUAUGGUGUAUUCAUAUAUCCACUUGAUAUCUUUUUUAUAAUUUUGUGUAGUGAUGAAUGUUGAUAAUGCUAUAGUUUGUGCUAAUAUAACUAGUUUUACUCAGGGUUGUACUGCAACAGUGCUUCUGGUAUGGACUGAUGGUGCUGAAAAUUUCUUUGCACAAUGUGCAAAUGUGGGGGACUCAGCAUGUGUUAUGAACAGUGCCAAUGGGAAACCGAUUAAGAUGACGGAGGACCAUAGAGUAGUUAGUCAUACUGAAAAACUGAGAAUGGAAGAAAGAGGAGAGCCACUGAGAAAUGGGGAAACACGAUUAUGCGGUACUUAAACUUCAUUUUUUUGUUUUUGGACUACCAUAAUCUUAAAUAAAGAAGUAGUCACUUUUUGCCUCUUCUUCAGGCUUGA